AAACACGAUUCGACAAGCGAAAAGGAAAUUAAAGUGGGGAUGCCAGGAGAAACGACAUCGUAAAACGCCACCAUCGGCAUUACUGGUCGCGCCACUGUAGAUCUCUCACUGGAAGAGCGCCGAUACAUCAUAUACGAGAGCACAACUCAAAGUACCCUCCUCUCCAAAAAAAAAAGAAAAAGCAAGAGCUAGAGCUAGCAAAGCAAAACUAAUAAAGAGGAAAAAGGCAGUUUUUUCUCCCAAAAAGAAAAACAAAGAAAAAAGAAGAAGGAGAAGAAGAAGAAAUGUCAGUGCAAGAAUAUUUGGAUAAGCACGCGCUCUCCCGGAAAAUAGAAGACGCCGUCAAUGCCGCCGUUAGGGCCAAAACUCCCGAUCCAGUCCUCUUCAUCUCGAAUCAUAUGAAGAAAUCGGUGCCUUCGAUGAUUACGAAAGUGAAAGCGCGACAAAUUCUCGAUAGCAGAGGUAUUCCAACGGUUGAAGUUGAUUUAUACACCAAUAAAGGCAUGUUUCGUGCUUCUGCACCCAGUGGAGCUUCCUCCGGAAUGUAUGAGGCUAUUGAAUUACGUGAUGGAGAUAAGGGAACGUAUCUUGGAAAUGGUGUGAGCAGGGCUGUUAGAAAUGUCAAUGAGAAAAUAUCUGAAGCUUUGAUUGGUAUGGAUCCUACUCUUCAGUCUCAAAUUGAUCAAGCCAUGAUAGACUUGGACAGGACGGAGAAGAAGGAAAGUCAAUUAGUUUUCACAAGGCCUCUGCUCCAUUUCAGUAAUUUAUUCCUACCUCUAAGAGAAAGUGCUUUUUGGGAAUUCUUUUUUCAAGGUGAGCUUGGAGCAAAUGCAAUUUUAGCAGUAUCCAUGGCUGCUUGCAAAGCUGGUGCAGCCGAAAAGGAGGUUCCACUGUACAAACACAUUGCAGUUCUUUCGGGCGAUACAAAUCUUAGUCUUCCUAUUCCUGCUUUCACUCUUCUAAGUGGUGGAAAAUAUGCUGGAAAUUUUUUGCCUGUUAAGCAAAUUAUGAUUCUUCCAAUUGGAGCUAGACAGUUUGAGGAGGCACUGCAAAUGGGCUCUGAGACUUAUCAUCAUCUAAAGGCCGUUAUUAGUAAAAAAUAUGGCACUGAUGGAUGUAGUGUUGGUGAAGAUGGUGGUUUUGCUCCAAGCAUCACAAGCAUUCGAGAAGGUUUGGAUCUUGUUAAGGAGGCAAUAGGCAGAACUGGGUACAGUGAAAAGUUAAAGAUAGCAAUUGAUGUUGAUGCCACCGAGUUCUGCAUAGGUACAAAGUAUGAUUUAGAUUUCAAAUCCCCCAACAAAUCAGGUCAAAAUUUCAAGUCAGGAGAGGAUAUGAUUAAUAUAUACAAGGAACUUUGUGCAGAUUACCCUAUUGUUUCAAUUGAAGAUCCAUUUGACAAGGAGGAUUGGGAGCACGCCAAGCAUUUUUCAAAUCUUGGAAUAUGCCAGGUUGUGGGAGAUGACUUGUUGAUGUCAAACACUAAAAGAAUUGAAAGAGCUGUGCAGGAAUCUGCUUGUAAUGCUCUUCUUCUCAAGGUUAAUCAGAUUGGGACGGUGACUGAGGCAAUUGAAAUCGUGAAAUUGGCCAAGGAUGCCCACUGGGGAGUUGUGAUAUCUCAAAGAAGCGGGGAAACUGAAGAUGCAUUCAUUGCUGAUUUAUGUGUUGGCCUUGCUGUAAGUCAGAUAAAAGCAGGUGCCCCUUGCCGAGGAGAAAGACUAGCAAAAUACAACCAGUUGCUUAGAAUUGAGGAAGAUCUUGGAGACCAAGCAGUUUACGUGGGUGAUGAUUGGAGAUUGUCCUAACCUCCUCAGUGGACCACCUGUUCCUCAUGUUUUGCCCAAUUACUUCGUACUGAAGUUUGCCUGAUAUAGAUACUAGCGUUCUUGAUCAAAGAGCUCGGUUGAUGUUUCGUGUUAGUUUUGGUCACAAUGGCUGGUUCCCCCCAACCCCCUUUUCCCCUCUUCCAUUUUGGCUGCGACCUUGUGAUACUAUAGCAGGCAUCUGUGUAUCAAACACACCCCUGAAAAAGGGGGCAAAAAUGAAAGAAAAAGAGAUAUAAGGAGUAUGUGAUUGGACUUUUCCAGGAAUUUGAGGCUGUGUACAUUUUACAAGAAUAUGUAAGUUCAUGUUUUUGAUGAAAUAUUAACAGCUAAAUUCAGAA